AUGCGUCACGGCCUGGGCUUCGUGGCGGCUGCCUUGGCAGUGGCACAAUGCGUCUCUGCUGGGUACAUGUUCGAAGUCGAUAAAGCGACCAUCACCGAAUGUGGGCCAACAAAUAUCUCGUGGACCUCGGGAGCUCAGACUCCCCUCAAGCUCAUGGUGUUUGCCAAUUACUCGAGCGCGGGAGAGGUGGAUAUCCCCGCGUCGGCUAUCAACACCGAUGGGAGUGGUACUUUCUCUUGGGCGCUGCCUUACAUUGACGUCGUGUUCAUCAUGUCGGACGCGAGUGGCUGGGCUUCCGGUGGAGCCAGCCCAAUGUACAAAGUGCAGCCUGCGGUGAACGGUGACACGACGUGUACCAAGGUUACGGCCUCCCCAGCGUGGACGUUCGACCAGACCCCGGAAGACGGUCAGAUUGCGCAAUGUGGCUCCAUGAGUUUCUCUUGGGCGGUUGACAGUGGCACGGUGUAUCCGCCGGUCCAAUUCAGAGCUGUCAUCCCGGGCGGUGACGUAACCACCUUCAACUCGACCGGCGAUAACAAGAAUGUCUCGUUUCAAGCCGACGUUCCUGCGGGCAGCUCGGUCAUGUUUGGAGCCUGGGACGCGCAGGGCCGUCACGGCGGCGUGUCCGAGCUCAUCCUCAUCUCAAAGGGCAGCACAAGCUGUAUGAAUGACAACUCGCCCACGUCGACCACCUCGUCGAUCUGGCCCAGUACGACUGCUUCAAACGCGCACAGCACGGGCGCUGGAGGCCACUCGACUGAGAAGAGCUCGUUGAGCACGGGUACAAUCGCUGGCAUUGCCAUUGGUGCGGCCGCUGGUGUUAUUAUUGUCGUCGCCCUGCUUCUGUGGCUCUGCUGCAGGCGCAACAUUAGGGAAAUGAAGGAGAACCACCAGGCCAAGCGCAAGGGCCGCAACGUCGACCUGUAUGAGGGUGGUGGCAUGCGCUACACCGACUCGCCCGAGGGCCACACUCUGGGCUCCUUCAACAGGAAUGACCAGGUCCCCCAGACUCCCAUCUCGCCGUUCAUGGGCGGCGGGCAAGACUUCAGCCAGCCGCCGCGCCAGUCGACGUUUGGCGCCGGCACCUCGUCCAGCUCGGGCUGGGACUCGAGCACGUACCCUGCCAGUGGCAGCCAUGGGCACCUGGGCCCCGGAUCGUAUGGCCACUCGUCGUUUGCCCUCAGCCACAACACUGCCGACACGCGCAGCCUCCUCCCCACCAAGGCGCAGAUGGCGGCGCAGAACCCAGACGUCUCCCGCCUCCUCGAGGAUCCCCAGCAGCCCCGUUCGACCGCGCCCGCCGGCGGGUUCAGGCGACACGAGGAUGCCGGCGCCCUCACGCGUGCCGACCCCGCCGAGGAACCCGAGGUCGAAGACCUCCCGCCCACGUACAACCCGGACUGGGAGCAGAACGAGAAGUAA